AUGGCGUUGUAUGAAACCUCUGACACUCUGAUGUGCAGGGCGUUCCCCGUAACUCUGAGAGGACCAGCCCGCACGUGGUACAGCGGCCUGAGGACCGGGACGAUCGCCUCAUUCGACCAGCUCGCCAGAGACUUCGAGUUCAACUUCCUGGCCAGCGCACGGCCGAAACCGUCCAUUGCCUUGCUUCUCGGACUACACCAGAGGGAGGAUGAGUCCCUCUCCCACUUUGUGAACCGUUUUACAAUGCAGAUUCGGGGAUUAUCCGAUGCUCACCCCUCUCUGUUGAUGCAAGCGUUCAUAGCGAGACUGCGACCUUCCCGAUUCUUCUGGUCCCUCGUUGAGAGACCCCCCACCGCGGUACCUGAGAUGCUUCAGCGGGCGAACCAGUUUGUCGCGGUUGAGGCUUGGAUGGCCGGAAAGCCGGAAGAGCACACGAAGAUAAAGGAGAGAGGGUUGCUCAGGGCUCCCGUCCCGAUGAAAAACCCACGAGAGCUCGCCGACCAGUCCAAGUAUUGUCGCUUUCACAAGCAAAGCGGGCACGACACCGAAGACUACCGCGAACUGAAACGGCAGAUCGAGGAGCUUGUCCGUAAGGGUCACCUCAGUCGGUACAUCCGACAGAACAAGGAGCCCUCACCUUGCCCGGAGGGCCCCGUGGAGCGCCACAUCGAUGUCAUCACUGGAGGACCGGCAGCUGGGGGAACCAGUAUAUCCGGGAGGAAGGCAUACUCCCGUUCCGCCAGGACUGACGCUCCCCAACGCGGCCCCGACCCUAAGGUUGCAUUCCCUCCCAAGGACGCCAAGUGA